UACAUUGCCUUCGAUCUCUGCCGCAAAAGUGACAAUAAAAAAAAAAUAAAAAGCCGACUUCUCGAAUAUUGUUUAUUGGAAUAUUUAAUACUUUUUCAAGUCGUUAAGCAUUUUAUACUUAUUAAAACAAUAAGUAUUGCAAUUUAAAAUAAACAAAAUGAAUUUUGGUGAAUGCAUAAAAACAACUAUAAUAUUGCUUUUGGCAAUGUUAAUGGUAUGCAAUAGUGCGGAUGAAUAUAUGAAAAGGGAACACUCUUUAGUUAGACCCUUUCAAGGUGUUGGAGUAAAUUUACCAAAUUGGGAUUUCCUUGGCCAUACGGUGGUGACAAGCAAUUACAUUAGGCUAACGCCAGAUUUGCAAUCAAAAAGUGGGGCUCUAUGGAAUUAUUCGCCAUGCAUGACUAAAAACUGGGAAGUGCAUGUAACAUUUAAGGUCCACGGCAAGGGCUCAGAGCUUUUUGGAGAUGGUUUUGCCAUUUGGUACACUAAGGAAAGAAUGGUGUCGGGUCCAGUUUUUGGAAGUAAAGACCACUUUUCAGGACUAGCCAUUAUUUUGGAUACAUAUAGCAAUCACAAUGGUCCACACAAUCAUCAGCAUCCUUACUUAAGCGCCAUGGUAAACAAUGGAACAUGGAGUUAUGAUCACGAUCGCGAUGGCACUCAUACACAGCUUUCGGGCUGUGAAGUUCGUUUUAGAAAUGUUAAUUUCGAUACACAUGUUGCCAUACGCUAUGAGAAUGAUAUUCUGUCCGUAUCAACAGACUUGGAAAAUCGUAAUGAAUGGAAAAACUGUUUUGUUGUUAAUAAUGUUGAAUUGCCGACGGGUUAUUUCUUUGGACUCUCAGCUACCACUGGCGAUUUAUCCGACAAUCAUGACAUUCUGAGUUUUAAAUUUUACGAUUUGGAUACAGAUAUAACGCCUGAGCAAAUUAUUGCUCGUGCUAACAUCAUACCCAAUGCCAAGACAUUUGAGCCUCCGCGUGAGCACAAGGAUGACCCCAAACCCGGCAUGUCGAAUACAAAGAUCUUUUUCAUUUUACUUUUUGGAAUGCUGGCUGCUGUAGCUGUGGCAAUUUUUGCCAUCUCGUACUUCAAGGAGAAAAAUUCACGCAAACGUUUCUAUUAGUCAAUAAAAUUAUAGUCUUCGACCGACCUCCUCCAAACACGACAUCUUUUUGAGAGAAAAAGACAUGAAUAUUUUUUAAAUAGAAACCAAUUAAGAAGUUUUUAUAGUUCUUAUUAUCAGUCAUUUUUCUAAGCGUAUAGAAUGUUCUUUUCCAAAGUAUUUUUUUUUUCUUUGUAUUGUAUUCUCUUCCUCUUUUUUAUGAUCCACUUUUUAGUUGUAACAAUUAUUUAUUCGAAAAUUUUAUAUUCCAAAAUUGUAUACACUUAGAAAUACAUUUUGUUUUAUUCAUUUUCAUUUGUGCUAAACGUAUCUAUUUGCAAUUUUCCGGUGGUAAUUACAUCACAAAUUUUUGUGUAGUAAAAUGUUAUAAAGAAAUGAAUGUGUAAUAAAGAAUUUAUCGAUUGGCAACGUAUAUAACGAUAUGUAAUUUAUAACAAAUA